CUACCCAGAGUGAACCCAUGUGCUCUACAAAAAGCAAGAACAACGAGUAGCUGAUUAAUCCACAGGCAGGACCCUGCUCAGGGAAGAUCAGGUUGCAAUCCUGCCUUUGUAGCUUUACACCACACCCCUUCAACGUGAAUUAGUAGGGGAGGAUCAUACUCAGCAGUGCUUUAGGAAUUCUUUCUUUCUUCAAGAGCUGUUGCUAGGAGUUUGGAAAGAUGAAAGGAAGAAAGAAGGGAUGUUGCUCACCUUUAACCUUUAUCUUGCUGUUUGUCUGUGUCACUGGGCAUGCAACUACUGAUUUGGAUUACGGCGAAGAGGAGGAUGUUCUGGGGGCUGCUUUUCCACCACUGAAGCUAGGACAUUCAGUCUGUGCCAUGAAAGCAGAUGAAGGUCCAUGCAAAGCAAUCCACAUGCGUUAUUACUUCAAUAUUCAAAGCCGUGAGUGCGAAAUGUUUGAAUAUGGUGGAUGCCAUGGCAAUGAGAACAACUUCAUAACACUGGAAGAAUGUCAGCAGAAGUGUGCGGUAACAGAAUUGCCUCGGAAGAUGAUGUUAGCAAAAAUUAAGAAAGAAAAGCCCAGCUUCUGCUUUCAUGAGAAAGACCCUGGAAUCUGCCGAGGCUAUUUUUCCAGGUAUUUCUAUAACAAAGAGACAAAGAUAUGUGAAGUAUUCAAGUAUGGUGGGUGCCUAGGAAACCAGAACAACUUCAAGAAUUUGGAAGAAUGCCAGGCUACCUGCCAAGGCAACUCAAAUUUAUUGCCAGUUGUUCCAGCUAAAACUGGGAACAGUAGUUCCCUAGAGAAAGAACCCAACCAAUUUCCUGGGAUUUUUGUCAAUUCGCUGCCAACUGCUCAAAAUGAGAAGUCCAGCAAUCUGAACAGUAGUUCCCCAAAGGAGGAGCGCAACCAGUUUCCCAUUUUUUUUGUUAUGCAAGAGGAAACAAGAAACAGUUGGAAAAAGCCUGAGCAUUCUUACCAAGCAUUUUUGUUGGUUUUUUGCAUUUACACAUACUUAUACUUUUGGGGACUGAGUGAUGACUUACGAAUUCAUUAAGGCUUUUGUGUUUAAUAUGAUCUGUAAGAAUGGGCAUGUAGAAUAACAUUCCUAUACUCUUUGCUUAGAAUUAUAUGUCUAAUAAAGCUUGAAUGUGUGUUGUAUUCUAUUUUUUUUGCCUGCACUAUGAUCCACAUGCACUGUUGAGUUGAGGUAAGUUUCUGUGAUAGCUGGAUUGUUUGUUUACCACACACAAAGCAUCAAUGCACUCCUUUAUUAAAAUGAUUGAAUAUAAAACAGUAAGGCUUUUGGCAACUUUUUUCACUGGAAAAUAUUUGAGUGACUUAAGGCCUGGAAGUAAGUCUAGGGACAUAAGGGUGUACAUGUUUCCUAAAGGUUUUUACUCAUAAUAAGAAUCUCCAAAUCUCCAAAGCAGCUCAUCUGUACAAGCAAAGGGGCAAGAUUCAUUAUGUUUUCUCAGAGGAAACUGAAGGAUUCUUGAUUGUUUCAGCAAUAUUGAAUUUUCUGGUAGAGCAGAUUUUGGAAGAGAGAGGUGGGGGUAAGAGAAAGAGAAGACUCAAAAGUUGGUGGAAGAAAGUUUGCCACAUAGAGCCACCUGCUGCCAUUCUGUUUGUAUCUUUCAGGCUGCUGGGAUGGGCUAAAAUCUUGUGCUUUGUGCAAUCCCACUAAUGGGGGGAAGAAAAAAACCAGCUGAUUUCUCCACAGAGAUGUGGAGAGUAUAGCUGCCAUUCUUGCUGUUGCUAGAGGUAGAGGUGUAAACUGAAGUUGCAAGGUAGAGCCAUCUCACACAAAGAUGUACUGUGACUCCCCUUGGCCCUCAGCGAGGGACAAGAAUCUGGCUGUGCACAUAUGAAGUCAGGAUGGAGUGGCUGAUACCUAUCUUCUCUAGGACAAGCAAAGUAGCUGGUCUGCCACUGUAACAUCUAUUUUGGGUGUAUAUUGGUGUGGUUAUGUAUCUUCAUUGUUUUUUAAAAUACAUGACCACCACUAAAAAACAAUUUUUCAAACAAUUGUCUCUUAUGGAAUACCUUACCUCACAAUUGAAAUGCUAUUUCAUCUUGAUUUCAAGAAAAAAUACAUAUUAUUGGUGGUAUGUAUAACUCUGCAAUGAUAUCAGAUUAAUAGAUUUCCAACAAAGUUCUUGAUUUUCAGAAAAUUAAACUCUUCUAUUGGCAAACAAAACAAACUUUUUUCUUCAUAUAAACAUGAGACUUCUGACGCUAUCUCAACAAUGAACUUUCUGCAGAGCAUGAAGAUUGUUCUUGUCUUACUCUGCUGCAAGAACUAAAAUAACUUUUAUUCUGGGAAAGUUAAGAGAUAGUGAAGGCAAGAAUCAAGCCUUUCAUUUUUAGACUAUAUGAAGUGAUCUAUGUUAGGGAAUUAUGAGUGCUAUACUCUACAUUCACUAAGUGGGGUGCAGGAUCAAAAGUCAGCUUUCAACUCAGCAAAUACGGAAUGACACACAGAAAGAGUUCCUGUUAUUACUUCUCAAAGUCAGGGCCAUAUCUUUUGCUGAUAUAAAUUGACACAGUUCUGUUCACUAAAAUGGAUCUGCACCAAUUUAUACCUAUAGAGUACUGUCAAGUGCGGAUGACUCAUUAUUUUUGUAGUAGCUUGUCUACGUGAAGAUUCUUUUAUUUUCUCUUUGCUGCAACUAGAAAUGAGAUACUAAAGUCUGCAUAUAUCAAAGAUCUGGCAAUAAAUCUGAAGCUUCGUCAAUGUCACCCACCGGUGUCUAGCAGAAGAGAAUGCAGGAAGCAUUUUUCUCAUCCAGCUCACCAAGAUCGUUCCAAACUUCUUUUGUACUGUGAUCAAUUAACAGUUCAUUGUCACACAACCCAAGAUAAGCUUGAGGGAAUAAUGGUUAUUGUUGCAAUGCAGGAUUGGGAAUUUUUUUUAUUUAAACAUGAGUCAAUGUUCGGAGAGAGGAUAUGCAUGUUUCAGAGAUUCUGAAGUAUGACCAUGUCAUCUGUUCACGCUACAGAGGGGGGUGUCUGGGUUUUGAGAAAAGGCUGUAUUAUAAGAAUUAUUUCUUAAACCAUACACGUUUAAAGAUUGUUUAGGUAGCAGUGAAGGGUAAGAUACAAUAGUAUUUUUAUAGGUAAGAAUGAUAGCCGUUUUAAUCGACUCUUUGUUCCAUAUAAUUAGUUUAGAUAUUUUUUCAGAAACUAAAUAUCAAAUAUUGCAGUUUUUGGUCUUACUCUCUCAUCAAAAAAAAAUCAGUCCAAACAUUUGCAUCAUCAAGAAAAAGAAGUAACAGAAAGAUAAGCAAACAGGAAGACCUAUGCUGUGUUUUGUUUUUGUAAAGCCUGAAACCCAUUUGAGAGGCUCCUGCAGAACUAGUGGCCAGACUUCCAGUUCCCAAGCUCCACUGGAGAUGGGUUCCAAGGUCUCAUUUCCUUCAAAAGUUUCUGAUGGAAUUGCCUCGUUUCUGAGGAACAGGAAUUUCUAUUUCAUUGUAUCAGCAUUUUCCAGAAGAAAAUUUUACACCUGGAAAUGUUUGACAAACUCAGCUUGGAAACUUUCAUUUGUCCUUUGCCUGUAUGAGUUGUAAAUUCUUUUUUUCCAUACCUGUUUGUGACUUGAAUUAUGUUACAUAUAUUUAGCAAAUAAUAUACAUAGCGAAUCCAAGUUUGUGAGCUUGCUAUUGGACAUUUAAAACCUGUUAAAAUCACAUAUUUUGGAGAAAUAGAAUGGCGUGAAGAUGGAGUCUUAAGGUCUGUUGCUGUAAAAGUAAAUAGCCAGUUGAUUUCUGUAGAAAUUGCAUCAAAGGCCAUAGGAUGGGCCAUGUAGUUGCAUGUAUAAAAAACAGUUAGAAAGUGUUUAAUGACAUUUAUUAAAUUUUGGGGUUGAUGUGAUCUACUUGAUGUUAAUGUGUGUUAAGUUACGUAAUGUAAUGAGUAUUCCUACUUGCACUGUGAAAAAAAUAAUUGCUAAAAUGUAAUCUAAAUUGAGAAAAAGGUAGAGUUAAAACCAGCAUUUCUAUCUCAAGUAGCCUCUCAAUAAAGUUGAUAUCUGUAAUUCAUAGAACUGUAAUGACUAAAUUAGGUGGAAAUACUUCUGAUAGUUGGACUUGUAUUACUUUUUUUUUUACUGUUUUCAGUGUGUACAUUUUCCUCUCUGUGUAGUUUUGUGGGUUGUGAGAUUUGCUUCUUUCUUUUUCUUUUUUCCUUCAUAGAAAAAGCAGGAGAUAAAACAUUACAACAACUUAGAAAAAUGAGGCUGUAAAACUAAAACGGUUGAGAGAAAAACUCAUGAACAGGCAUAAUAUCUAAACUUACUGUAACAUCAUAUACAGCUUAAGUACAGUGUCAGAAGCUGGGGCUGAAUGGAGAAGAAUUACCUGGAUGUAAUGCUCCCAGUGUGACUGUGUUAACAUUCUGGCUCACAGGCUUAUAGAUUGUUCUGCCAAUACAUAUGUUGGGCUGGGUGUGACCAGUACCUAUUUUAUGUUUACAGUAUCUUAAAGUUAACAGGUCUUUUAGUGAUCAGUGUAUUAAAAUACAUUCAUAAUUUUUAUGAUUCUCAGCAUACAGGAAAUUAUGAUGUCAUUUUAUUGUAAUAUACUGUUUUGUUGCAAAAAAAAGAAGGCUGUUAUAUGGCAAAAUUAAGAUGUUUUCUUCAUAGGCUGGUUGUUUCUGUGACUAAUGAAUAUGCAGAUAUUUUGAAGAUGAACAGGAAUAGUGUUUGGUAUGUGGGGCAUUUAUGUUGCAAUGAUCUAGACAAACAACAUAAUUUUUAGAAAGAGUUCAAGUGGGAUUCUGAAUAGCAUUUGGAUGCCACUCUGCAAGUUGCAUUAUAGGCAGUCCUUAUUCACCAGUUACCACUGGCUCCGUGGCUCCCCUAAAGCUUACAGUCAUUGUGAGAACUCCUUCAUGAGAGGGCUCUGGAGUCUCUCUGAAAAAUUCUACAUACCAGAUAAGUAAGUUACAUUACAAAGUAUAUAUUUAAAUUCUGUUAUAUAAUUAACAAACCUCUGCUGUUUGGCCCUUUCAUCACUGGCAAGUCUUUCCACUUUAUCUGAAAUAAUCAGGUCAAAGUAGGUAUGCUUUUAUUUUAAUGUUGCUGAACAUAUGCUUUGAAAGCUAACACCUUCUCCAGCUAGAGUGAGAUGAAAUUAGCUCUAGGCACAAGAGUUCUCAGAGCAGUACCAAAAGCAUCACGUUAGUUAAUUAACUACCAUCUUCACUAUAAAUAAAACUGUAGUUUUAAUAUAAAUUUUAUCACAUUGUGAGCUCAUACUCUGGGUCGAGAGUGAACUUUACUCUUACAAUAAUUCCACAGUUAUGGAAACAAGUAGGGCUCAUUUUAUAACCUGCAACUAACUUAAUCUAUCUUGGAAAAAACAACUCAUGACUCAGUUUUUGCAUUUCAGGAUUGUUUUUGAAUAGUAUGAUGUUGCUAACACAGCUUUGAAUACAUUACUAUUUUAAUUUUGCUGUCUUAGCUUUCCAUAAAUCAUCAUUCUGGUUUUUUCCACAGCAAUUUUUUAUACUUUUUUCACCUUGACAGCUUUGCAGAUGAACCUUUUUCAGCAGGUGUAAUAUGUGUAAGAUAAGUAAGAUGUAUCAUGUUCAUUUUGGGCAUUUUCUUGUCAGCCUCUUGAAUUGCCCAAGUUAAUUCAUAACAUCUUGCUUUCAGCAACUCAUCUGCUUCCUGCUUUUGUGACAACAGGAUGUCUUCAGCUCUGUUGUAACCAAAUUAUCCCCUAAAAUUUUUAUUUCACUUUGUAACUUCAAGAAGCUACCUGACUAGCUUCAUGUUUCCAUUUGUGCAUUCAGAUGUUAGCUAUCUCAAUUCUGCUACCUUUUGAAGGAAAAGAGUGCUCCUUUGGGUCCUUCAUGACUGAUGAUAAAAUGGCUUCCAUUCAGUUUCUUGUGUCCUCUGCAGCAAUUGUGUUAGUUCUGAUUUUGUAUGAGUCACUCCAGGGUGAUAGAUGAUGGAGUUUCUCCAGGGUUGGCAAU